GUUUACAAUUUCGCUUGAGUAAUUCAAGCUUAUUUUUUGUUGCUUCACAUUUUAUUAGUUUCACUUCACGCUUUAUAGGUACACGUACACCACGUAUUUUGUAUAAUUUAAAAAACAACGAAACAUAAAUAAAUAAAAUGUAAAAUAUAAUCACGUGGUCGUUUACAGCCAAUAAGCAGCAGUUUAAUAACAAAUAUAUAAAUGUGGGUAAAAAACGCGCUGGGUAGAGAAGUUCCCAUGCGGUGAGUAAUCUCAGCAACUCUCGGUUCGGCUUUCUGUGUCCUACAGUCAUUUGAAACUCUCUUCAACUCUUUUACGAUAAACUGGUGCGAAUGUAACACGUAUAGAGAUAAACGAAUCUGACUUUUGAUUCCCGGAAUGACAGAAUGACCCCGCAGAGGACAUAAACAUGAUAUGACUGACACCUCGACAGACCAAACAACUUUAAGCACGGUUGCUUUAGAGAACGUCGUGACUCCGGAUGUAAACCAAAUGUUUUCAUAGGUCAAACGGCGUGGAGACGCUACAAACUCACAAUGGCCAGUCUCGAACAGUGGGUUAGUGAUCAGCUUCAUGACAUCCUGGGUUUGAGUGACAGAUAUGUGGCCCAGUACAUGAUCGGUCUGGUGCUGAAGUCCUCUGGACCUCAGGACUUUGUGACUCGUCUUCAGCAAACUGGAACCAUUGACAUUGAUCAAAGAAUCACAGCGUUCGCACAUGAGUUAUACAACAAGGCCCCCAAAAAACAAGUGGUGGAGAAACCUGCCCGAGCUGUGGAACGACAUGUGAUGGAAAUAGAGAGAAAGAACAGAACUUACACUCUUCUGGAGGACAGUGAGAGUGAUGAAGAGACUGUCAGAGAAAGAGAAAAAGAAAAAGAGACGAAAAGCAAAGACAGAGAGAAAGGAAAAAAGAGGAAACAUCUCAGACAGAAACAAGAGGACAGUCCAUCGUCCGAUGAGGAGGACAGAAGACCGAGCUCUAAAGCUGUGGAUGAGCCAAAGAAAGCUGCUAAAGCUGCGGAGGAGGAAGAAGAAGAAUGGGAAAAAGAGGAGAGAGAGAGACUCCAAGACUUGGAGGAGAGGGAUGCCUUCGCUGAGCGUGUCAAGCAGAAGGACAAAGACAAGACCAGACACAUACUUGAGAGAAAUGAUAAAAAGGCAUAUGAGGAAGCGCAAAAGAAGCUAAAGAUGGCUGAAGAGGAUCAAAAGAAGAUGCUCCCUAAACUAAGGGAACAGUCGCGUCAGCAGUAUCUGUCUAAAAGAGAGCAGGAGAAGCUGGAAGACCUAAAGGCUGAGAUUGCAGACGAGGAAUAUCUCUUCGCCACAGACAAUCUUACAGACCGGGAAAGGAAAGAUUUGGACUAUAAAAGGAAGGUCCGAGACCUGGCACAAGAAUACAAGAAAGCAGGGGCCAAAGAAAAAGAGGAAAGAAAAAACAGAUACUACAUGCCUGAGGAGAACAGAAACAAGUCCAUUCCUCAAAGAGACAUGGACCUGGAGUUUGAGGAGAUGCCUAGGGAGGGAGGCGGGGAACAGGGGCGGUGGGAGGAGGCAAGAGUCGCCACUGCCACCCUGCAGUUCGGGGCCAGGGAAGAGAGGGAACGCCGAAUAAAGGAGGAGAGGGAGAAGUACGAACUUAUUCUAGAGGAAGAGGAGAUGAUCAACUUUGUCACCACGGCCAUGACCAUGAAGGGAACACUGUCAGAGAAGGAAAGUGAACCUGAGUUAUCACAGGCUGAGAAACAGAAAGAGUCCAUCCAGGAGGUCAGGUGCAGCCUGCCCAUCUUUCCAUACAGAGAAGACCUUCUAACUGCCAUCAGGAACCACCAGAUCUUGGUGAUAGAGGGUGAGACCGGAUCCGGCAAGACCACCCAGAUACCUCAGUAUCUGCAGGAAGAUGGUUUCACUGAAGGAGGAAUGAAAAUCGGCUGCACUCAGCCUCGACGAGUGGCGGCCAUGUCCGUUGCAGCCAGAGUCGCACAGGAAAUGGGUGUCAAACUGGGAAAUGAGGUGGGCUACAGCAUCCGUUUUGAGGACUGUACGUCAGAACGCACCAUCCUGAAAUACAUGACGGACGGAAUGUUGCUCAGAGAGUUUCUUACAGAGCCUGAUCUGGCCAGUUACAGCGUGAUCAUCAUUGAUGAAGCUCAUGAACGAACGUUACACACAGACAUUCUCUUCGGAUUGAUUAAAGAUAUCGCCCGCUUCCGUCCCGGCCUUAAGGUCCUGGUGGCCAGCGCAACCCUGGACACAGAGCGUUUCUCUCGCUUUUUUGAUGAUGCGCCUGUAUUUAGGAUUCCAGGACGCAGGUUCCCUGUAGACAUCUUCUACACAAAGGCUCCAGAAGCAGAUUACCUGGAAGCUUGUGUCGUUUCUGUCCUGCAGAUCCAUGUCACCCAGCCAACUGGAGAUGUGCUGGUCUUCCUCACUGGGCAGGAAGAGAUUGAGGCAUGCUGUGAGCUGUUACAGGAGAGAUGUAGGAGGUUGGGGUCGAAGAUAUCUGAGCUCCUUGUUCUCCCCAUCUAUGCUAACCUGCCCUCUGACAUGCAGGCCAAGAUCUUCAAUCCCACCCCGCCUGGGGCACGCAAAGUUGUGGUGGCCACAAAUAUCGCAGAGACUUCGCUCACCAUCGAUGGAAUUAUCUAUGUCAUUGAUCCAGGCUUCUGCAAACAGAAGAGUUACAAUGCUCGGACAGGGAUGGAAUCCCUUAUUGUCACCCCCUGUUCAAGGGCCUCGGCCAAUCAGAGAGCAGGCCGUGCAGGAAGAGUGGCUGCAGGGAAGUGUUUUCGUCUGUACACGGCGUGGGCCUUUAAACACGAGAUGGAGGAGACCACAAUCCCAGAGAUCCAGAGAACAAACCUGGGCAAUGUGGUUCUGUUGCUUAAAAGCCUGGGUAUAAAUGACCUGAUUCACUUUGACUUCAUGGAUCCUCCUCCUCAUGAAACGCUGGUCUUGGCUUUGGAGCAGCUCUACGCUUUGGGGGCCCUCAACCACCUUGGAGAGCUCACUAAACUUGGACGAAGAAUGGCUGAACUUCCUGUGGACCCCAUGCUGAGUAAAAUGAUUCUGGCCUCAGAGCAUUACAAGUGCUCUGAGGAAGUUCUGACUAUAGCGGCCAUGGUGUCAGUUAACAAUUCCAUCUUCUACCGCCCCAAAGACAAAGUAGUUCACGCCGACAACGCCCGGAUGAACUUUGUGGUACCGGGAGGGGAUCACAUGGUGCUGCUCAAUGUAUACACACAGUGGGUAGAAAGUGGUUAUUCGACUCAGUGGUGCUUCGAGAACUUCAUCCAGUUCCGCUCAAUGAAAAGAGCUCGAGAUGUCCGGGAACAGCUGGAGGGAUUGAUGGAGAGGAUUGAGGUGGAACUGUGCAGUGCCGACGGUGACACAAUGCCCAUUCGCAAGGCAGUGACUGCUGGAUAUUUUUACCACACGGCACGGUUGAGCAAAGGGGGUUACAAAACAGUCAAGCACCAGCAGACGGUUUACGUCCAUCCCAACAGCUCCCUGUUUGAGGAGCAGCCGCGCUGGCUCAUCUACCAUGAGCUGGUCUUCACGACCAAAGAGUUUAUGAGACAGCUGAUAGAGAUUGAGAGCGGCUGGCUCCUUGAAGUGGCUCCUCAUUAUUACAAGAACAAAGAGUUGGAGGACAGCAGUAGUAAGAAGAUGCCACGCAAACAAGGAAAAGCCCGUGAAGAACUGGGCUGACCCGGACAUGAGAAGACUGUUUCUACGGCUGUCACACGGGACCGAGACCUCGUACAUUCUGUACAGAGACAGGCGCCAUUGUGUGAACCUCUGUCAGUGUUUGUUGAAAAUGAAUCCCGAAUUUUUUUAGUGUUUGGAAAUUCGCUGAUCAUUGUAAAAUAUUUUACAGUUGUUUUUCUGCCAUUGUUUUCAUUCGUUUCGAAUGAGGAAAUACAUUUUUGAAUACAAGCACACUCCUGUUUUUGUUAUUAUUUAUACAGAGAUAUCUGAUUCUAGCCUGGAAUCCAUUUGAAUAGAUAACAUUGGAUGAGGAUCAAGAGAAGGAUUGUAAAAGGUUAUAAAACUGAAGGUGGUAAACGCAACAAUGGUUUAAUAAAUAAAUAGAGGCGAGUUAAGAGAAUGUUUAACACUGGAAUUUUCCCUUGAAAUUGUUUGCAAAUCGUCGAUGUCCUUCCAGAUUCUAUUUUGUCCAGAUUCACAGUUUUUCAGGAAAUGGAAGAAACACUACUUUUUAAGUGAUUAAAUACUGUGUUGUCCAAGUUGA